CGUUGGCGCUCAUGGCUUCACAUGCGCGAGUGGGAGGGAGCAAAUUUCCCGGGAUUUUGGGGCCUGGAAAUAAACAAAAUGCCGCCUGUGUCUGGACUGGACACCGGCCCGGCUGAAGAAUGCUCCGGGGGUCUUAAACGCUCGGACUGCGUUUGUCCGGUUUGUCUGGACAUAUUCCUGGAGCCCGUCACUUUGCCCUGCACGCACACCUUCUGCAAACCAUGCUUUCUGGAAACCGUGGACAAAUCCAACAUGUGCUGUCCGCUUUGCCGAAAACGCGUGUCCACUUGGGCGCGACUCAACAGCCGCAACAAGACCUUGGUGAACAUGGAGCUGUGGAGACGAAUACAGGACGCUUUCCCCACUCAGUGUGAGCGGAGAGUGCAGGGCAUCGAGGAGGAGGAUGAUGCUGUAACCAUUCCGAGGCCGCGUGUGUGUCAGCCGGGAGAGCUGAGGAAAGAGUAUGAGGAUCAGAUCAGUAAGCUGGUGGAGGAGAAGCGAGCUCUAGAGGAAGCAGAGAGGAGAGCCAGUGAGGAGUACAUCCAGCGCCUCCUGGCUGAGGAGGAGGAACGGAUAGCGGAGGAGAGGAGGAGACGAGAGGAGCAGCAGCUGGAGAACGAUGAGAAACUGGCCAGAAUGCUGAGCCAAGAGCUGAAUUCAGGACCAGUCUCUGAAACAUCAUGGACCGCCAAACCAGCUGAUAAUACACCGGCGAAGAAAACAAAGCCAAACAUAGGCGACAUUGAGAAGUUUUUGCGUCCAGUGUCUCAUAAACAGCCGAGCAGUUCUGACAGCAGCCCAGACUCCUCUCUGAUGGCUAAUAAGGAGAACAUUCUGAGCCCUCUAAAACCCCUCUCAGCCCAAUCUCUGGAGGGCACAAGCAAACUGAGCUCAUCUAUGCUGGACUACAGCGGGAAACCCUCCACCUCCGGCUCCAGCUGCUCAGAGCACACUUUUGUUUUUAACAGUCCGAACGGCAGCUCGCUGAAAAGGAAGAGUUCAGAGGUGGAACUUCAGACUGAAGCAGAUCUGCUCAUUAAGAGGCCCUGUGAGUCUCCUUCAACCGACAGCACGUUUCUGUCUGAAGUGGUGUGGCACGAGGAGGCCUUACAGAUUCGCUGGCAGCAAGAGGAGGAGGACCGCAGAAUGGCCAUGCGUCUCCAGAAGCAGCUGGAUCGCGAAAACUCUGUGGACCGCAGGAAGGGUACAGCCGACGGCUAUCCGCUUCGGCAAAAACCUUCCACGAGCACAAACCCAGACGAGGAAAACUCCAGAAAGAGGCCUACUUCGAGGAACAGCACGGGACGCAGGGACAGCGAGAAAACCGAAAAGAGACUUUCUGCAGCCACCCCUGGGAAGAGCCCUGCUUCUUCUCCUACGACUGCCUCGCCUGCUUUGAAGAAGGGGGCGAAGCAGACCACCCUUACCGAGAUGUUCCCCAACCUCAGCAGCUGAAUGUUGCUCUACUUCUUUUAUCUGGUUUCUUAUUCGGCAUUCAGACUUGAAGCUCUUUUUAGGUGCUGCGCUGCUACUAAAGGACGUCCUGUAACCGAUUUCUGUUGUCUUUUUCGGUUCCUGGUCGCAUGUUGCUAACACUCCUUCAGUGCCUUUCCAAGGAGGGUCAUACUGUAAAGUCAUGAUGAAAGUUUCAUUUCCUAGAGUGUUUUAUAGUCAUGACUAACUUAGAGUUUGAAGUGGUGUUAAUGCUGCAGAACAACUUCAUUUUGUAAGCAUUUGCAGGCAUUUCACUUUGGUUAAAUAAAAGGAAAGUUUGGUUUAAAAAAAAAAAAAA